CAGUAAGAGUAAAUAAACAAAUUUAUCUUCCAUGGUGUAUGCAAAUUAUUCGAGAAUUUGUUGCGUCCUACACAAAGAAUCAAUUGUUAUAAAAAAACAUGGAUUCUAACGAAAUAUUAUACUGUUUGACAACAGUUAAUAAAACAGAUGAUGAAGAAAUUGAAAAUUUUGACAGUAGAUUGCAAUGUGUUGUGCAAAAAAUACUGCCCCUUCUAACAGAAUAUGACAAACAGUUCAUAUUGGAUGAUACCAAAGAUGAGAAUGAUUCCUUAGAUAUUAGAUAUCAAUAUCUACGUGCAAUUGUGUGCAUAUUGCAGAGUAUGAAAGCAUCAGAAAUUACAAAUGAUGAGUCCAUAUUCAGUGUUAAGCAAUUUCAUGUUUUAAAAGUUGCCAUAGAAUUACUAAUUGCUGUAGGAAUUAUACCUGGUCUUUUACCUGGUGUUGGAAAUGACAUGAGCAAACUAUGUCCCAGAGCUCUGCAGAUAUGCGAAGAGAAAGUAUCAGACUUGCAGAAAUAUAAAAGGCUAAAGUUUGCAGUAAAUUCUCUCAUGGGGUUAAAUAAUGAAAUUACGUUUCGUUCUGCAAUAUUUACUCAAUUGGGUCCAUUAUUAGCUUCACUUCUACAAUUAUGCCAUGCUCCAUUAAUGAAACCAUGCAAAGAAUUUGAAUCAAUAAAACGAACAGAUACAAGUAGAACUGAAUUUAAAAUGACUACAGAUUUGUAUGAUAAAUUAAAAAGAGAUCAAGAGCUGUUUACUCCUUUACUGCACCAAUUGUUAAACAGCUGCCCAAUGUCUAUGGCUAUGAAAGAAUUGAUGGUGAUUCUUGGUAUCAAAGGAGCACCAAAAUGGCUACAAAAAGAAACUCGAAAAUAUUUAAUUCAGCAAAUUAUGCAGCCUAAUGGAAUUGUUUCAUUAGUGACUGUUGUUUGCGACGACAUCUUGGAUUUUGGGGAGCAUUGGAAUAAACUGGAUACUGUUUCUAGAUUAAUAGCUACAUCACAUGGAAAUAAUCCUAAAGAAUAUUAUCAAGCUAUAUGUCUACAAAUACUAGAUCUUUUAACAUCAAAAUCGAUAAAGCAUUCGUCGACAAUAGCGAACUAUUGCAUCAUUGCUCUGCACGAAUACAAUCCUGAGAUUUGUAUUAAAAAUAUUAUGGAAGUAAUAUGCGAGCCAUUAUUGGCGGAGUUAAAAAAUAAGCAAGAUGUAAUAAAGAGCGAGAGUGAGGUGGAAAAAUGCAUCGAAAUUUUGAUGAAAUGUUUCGUAACCGUAGACGUCCAAUUUAAACAAUUGCCUUGUAAACUCUUAAUGAAAGUAGCUGUUCCACUGUUUUGCUUGUAUAAUAAUGUCAGGCAAAGUGCUUGUUCAUUGAAGUCUAAACUCAAACAACUUAUACUGAAACUUUUACACGAAGAAUCAUCGAGAUCCGACCUUUUCGCUGAAUUGCUUGGACACAGUCUAACCGGAAAUUUUGGUCGCCAUUUGGUAUCAAGGUUCGGACCAACAGGCGGAAUUGAAAUUAUAGGAACGGAUACAAUUCUCAAAUAUGAAGAGUUCGCAGACAGUCUGCGUGAUUUAACAUCUACCACCAAUGUAUUAUCAACCGAGCUAUUUUCAUAUUUAUUAACGUACUUGUCAAGUUUGAUAAAAUCGGGCCUUGAAAAGGAAGCUCAAAAUUUACUAGAAACUGAAGACGAUAUUAUGGAGAGAAUCGAGAAACACUUGACGGCCGUAAAAUUGUUGUCAAAUUUAGCCGACAUACCUGCCAUACAAGAGGCACAAAUAAAAAAUCCAGAGUCGAUAUUGUCUUUCAUAAAAUUGUUAUAUAAACAGUAUAUUAAGAACAGACAGAAUCCGUCUGAAGAAGGCAUCUCUGAGGUAUUGUACGUUAGUAUAAUGCUGAUAGAAAUGAUCGUAAAUGUGAAAGAGAAACCUGUAAAUUGGCCAGCAUUUGAUGACUUUGCAAAAUUUUUAAAAGAGUGUUGCACUCUAUCAGACAUUCCAAAGCAAUUGCUGUUAUUAAUGCAAAAGCUAAUCGAGAUCAUAGAAACUCAAGGACAAUUAAAACAGAAAUGUUAUCAAGAUUUAUCAGUGGAUUCUAAGGCGUCGAACAUGUUUGAUGACGCGCUUAGGGAUAUUGCAGAUCCAUUACUUCCUAUACGCGCGCAUGGUCUAAUAACAUUGACCAAAAUGAUCGAGAAUAUGGAUCCAUGCGCUACAGCCAGAAAAUCGAUUAUCUUGCAAUUAUUUAAGGAAAAUUUAAAACACGAAGACUCAUUUAUCUAUUUGGCAGCAAUCAAUGGAUUAUGUGCGUUAGCUACGUCGUAUCCACAAGUAAUUAUAGAAACUUUGGUAAAAGAAUAUAUUAGUAUGGCUGAUCGUGUUUCAAGUGGAGAAAUAACGGUGGAAACUAGGCUCAAAUUGGGAGAAAUACUCGUAAAAGUAACGCGAACUUUAGGUGAAAUGGCACCAGCAUAUAAAAACGUAUUAAUAAACGGAUUCUUAUGUGCCACGCGUGAUACCGAUUCGUUGAUACGCGCUUCCAGUCUUUCCUGCUUAGGUGAAUUAUGCAAAGUGUUAGGCUUUCGAUUGGGUGACAUUCUCAUCGAGGUGAUUUACUGUAUCAGCUGCAUAAUAAAAACGGAUAAAGUUCCCGAAUGCCGACGAGCCGCUGUUAUGGUUGCCACGUUGUUGCUACGUGGUCUCGGAAGAGACACGUUGACUAGUCUUGGCAAAGAUUUAGUCGAGCUGUAUCGUGGACUUAAACAUUUAUGGAAGAACGAUGAGGACCCGGUGCUACGUUUGCACGCCCAAUUGGCUCUCGAAGAAUUGGACGACAUUGUUCGAGAUUUCCUAUUUUCCCCAUCGAAACUCGAGAAAAGAAUAUUUCUGUUAAAUGAAUCGUAAUUGACGAUCUUUGUAACAUUUGUAACGAUUUAUUUUCUAUAAAGUAUAUU